AUAAGCCAGGGAGCGCUAGCCGCAAUGGAGCUAACGAAAGAGGAACAGAUCAAAGAGAAAGGGCCCCAAAAUAAAGACUAAUUGAAGUGACAUUUGCCUCAUUGUGAAGCAGCUCCGGGACCCGAAUGUGUCGGACGGGAAAUUAACCAUGACAGGAAUGUUGAUGAAAAUCUCGCUAGUCUUCGUCAACAUGCUUCAAUCCCAAGCUUUACGCAGCAUCAAACCCAAAGCUGUCGUCGCCUUAAAUGGAAAACCGUUGAACUUUACUUGCGACUAUCAACCAGGCAUGCAAAGCCACGCCAAGUAUUUUUGCCGAGUUGAGGAAGAUCUCUGCUCCGCUCAAACCGUCUGGGCCGACAAACACGACACGGUGGUGACGGCCGGCCGAUACUCGCUGUACGACAACACCAGCGGCGCCUUUGUCAGCGUGGGCUUGGACAUUGUGCUCCUGGAGGACAGCGGGUUGUACUGGUGUGGAGUGGAUAUUUGCGAGAGGGCAGACUACAUCACGCCGAUACUCCUGACGGUUGUUCAAGAACGUAACUUUCCGUUGUUUCUGGCCUCCCUGAUGGGAAUCAUGGUGCUGCUGAUCGUCUGUCUGCUCACUGUUUGUCUGUUCUUGGCUGCCGCCAGGUGGCGCCGCUCACACUCUCACCAAGAUGCAGAGACUCCGACAUCCGAGGCUGAGCAACAUGAUCUUACUUCCUCUGAACGUGACACGAAGAAUGGAUUUUCACAAGCUGCUCCGCCGCCGGACUGCGAUUCCGUGGAGAUGAGGAAGUCGCUGUGCUCCAACAAAUAUGAGGAACUGGAUCCGAGCCAGGCAGACGUUCACAUCUAUCAAACCCUAAAUGACUGCAGAGAUUAGAGUCCUUCACGAUUGAAAACGUACGAGUGGAGCACAGUGGAGAUAAACCUGAUGAUUCUCAAUCGAAUAAAAAAAGCGUAAAAUGCAGUUUUCUUUUCUUCCGAAAGGUUGCAACAUUACUCAACAUGUAUCU